AGUAUUCGGAGGCAGCCAAUAAGGCGGAGCGGGGACUCGUGAGGGGUGUUCGUGUGUGCGGCGGUUAAUAUUUGAACGUGGACGGAGGAGAGACUUGCUGAGGAGCCUCGAGAGUUCGGAGCUGGAGCCCGGAGAAGCAGCUUCCCUCGGGCCCAGGCCGUGCGAGAGGCUGAGGUGAGCGGUUGUCGCUCUGCUUUUCCUUUAGCUGAGCCGGUUCUUCUGCGGGGCAGGGAAGCCGAAGGGUGGCGAGUCUCUGCUUUCUCUCUGUUCGUUUGUUUUUGGCGUGGAGAGCCAGUUCUUAAGCGCGCUUAAGCCGGUGGACAAAUACGGCGCUAGGGAGGGGCGAGGUUCUUGCUAACCCGUUUGCUUCCGCGAAGGGAAUGGCAAGAGCGUAAGAACCUACACGCUUCUUUCUCCUCCCACGUUUUUGCUUGCUUGCAGUUGUGACACGCAAGUAGACAGUGGAGAGUUGUGUGUGAGAAAGAGUGAGCUAGAAGCAGGUAGCAGGCGGAAGCCUGUAAGGGAGAGACAUGCCCGAUUACUGCUGGAAUCCAAGGCUGUGGCUAUGGGAGAAGCAAUGUCCUCUGGGGUGUUAAUGCUGUGAGCCCCUCCACCGUAAGCUCAGGUUGUAUAUAUGUGUGUAAAUAAAUAAGCCAUAUAUCCUAAAGACUGUCUCUCUGGUCCCCAUUCUGAGGAAACAUGAACCCAGGGUAAGCACCUGGAACCCCUGGAAUCUUGCACCACUCAGAUUGGGGUGGCCUGCAAAAGUCUACUGUCAGGUUGCUAGGAAAUAUACCAACAAGCUGAAUUCCUGCUUUCAUUCCACGCAAAUAUCCUCAUUGUUUUCAUUUCUCUUUAUCACUAGGAUUUGUAAUCCUGGAGUCGUGCACCUAGGCACUGUUGCCUUGUGUGCAUAAAAUACAGUUUACCAUGUCUUCGGAUGGGAGCGAGUGGGAGCUGAGCAAGGAGAAUGUGCAACCUCUUAGGCAAGGACGAGUGAUGGCUACCCUACAGGAAGCUCUGGCUCAGCUGGAUGUUUCCAGCCAUACAGCCAUCCAGCAGCAAAAGCGGUGAGCAUAGUAUGGUUUGUUUGUUUGUUUGUUUGUCUCUCUAUCCAUUAAGGCAGAGGUUUUCAACCUUUUUGAGUCCACUGCUCCCUUGACCAACUACAUUCUUUCUGUGACACCCCUGUGGGGCUCAGGAGCCCAGUUAUGUCAGCAGUUCCCUCAGCCUCCCACCCUCUCCUCUUCCUUCUUGGGAGUCUUCUGGGCUGCUGCCCCUGGUCUCUGAGCUGCCCCCCUGCCCCAAAGAGAAAUGCCUCCUCAUGCCACCCCACAGGGGCCUGGGAAGAGGAUGCUGUCAGCCUUAGUGGCUCAACGGAGAGUGGCCAAAGGAGAACGUGAGGGCAGCACCUUACAUUGAUUGGCAGCAGCGGGUACUACUGGCCUGCAUGGCAGAAAGGCUCUCCUUCAGCACCGGGCACUCAGCUCCUAGACAGGCGUUGCGCAAUUAAGCACAAGAAAGUCCAGUGCAGCGCCUGCCUGCCUGGCCUCCCAUUUAUCUGUCCAUUCCCAACAGCAAAGGCUGGCGGACUGGCUGGCUGGGCUUCCUCACGCACUUGCUUGCUUACUCAGAGGCUACCUCAGCUCCUGGCAACCAACACCCCCUGGCCAGCCCCAGAGGCACCACAUUCACCUGAGGAGCUUGUAGCCAGGGCUGCUGCAACAAACAGCCAUGCAAGCCUUUGGGAGACAGAGACAUGAAAGGGUAUCAGAGGAGGCAGGGAAGGAAAGAGGAAUGGAGGCCAGUGUUGCCCAAGGCACCCCUGACCAUCAUUCAAGGCACCCCAGGGUGCCACACCUUUUGGAAACCACUGCUUUAAGGUCUUUGUUUUUAAGUGGCCUUAGAUUCAAAUAGCAAUAAAACAUGGCCGCCUCUCUGCCUUUGCAGCCUGCAGCUUUUCUUCCAGCUUUGGGCUUACAUGACUCCUAACUUUGGCAUUUUUUCUUUCUAACAGUUAUUAUUAUUUUUUUAAUGAUAUUUAUUGAAAAAAGGAUUUUUUACAAAAUUUUAUACAAAAGAGAAAAAAAAUAAAAAUAAAAAAUAAAACCAUCAUUCUCGAAUUCUCCACUUUCAAUACCUUCUUUCCUUGACCUCCUCCUCCUCCCUUUUCCUGUAUCCUAUUUUAUAAUAAUCACAGCAAAUCCUUUCCAUAAUUCAUAAUAUUCUGUCAUCACAUUACCUUAAUCUAUUUUCAUCUUAUCUUAUAAAAACCUUAGAGUUUAAAACUUAAGUCUUAAUUUUUUAUCAACUUCUCCUAAACCAUAGCAUUCUUGCCUAAUUCUUUUAACAUUUUUAUAAGAGCCAAAUAAUUUCAUUUCAGCAUUUUGCUAACAUUCAUCAAUUUUGUAAAACAGUCCUAAUGAUAAAAAUAAAAAGAAAGAAUCCAGUCUUCAUCCAACGUCCUUUCUCCUGGUCCUGGUUUGUCAGUCCUUUUUAUCCUAUUAAUCUAGCACAUUAACCUGGCAGUCUUAUGUCCGAGGCCCUUAAGUCACUUCCAUGUCCCUUCCAUAGCUCUUCUUUAUAUUUCCCUUUUAUUCGUGGGAACUCCAGCUUGGUAGUGUUUUUGACCUUUUCAACAAAACAGUCCCUUUUCCAUAGUCCAAUCCAGGCUCAAUGUAAAAUUUACAAGCAUAUUCCAGAUUCCCUUCAAAGUUGGGAGCCCCCACAACUCCAGACAUCUGACGGCCCCUUUCCAGACUUGAAAAGUCCAAAUCUCCCUGUGGAGGGGGGUCUAUCCAGCCCCCAUUUCCAAACCGAACCAGAUUUUAUCUUUCCAAGUCUGGUUUUUUCCAAGUUCAUUUGUCAAGUCCAAAAGUUUGUAAUCCUGCUGGGCCGCAGCUCCCUCCGUCUCUGGCGCCCAAGAUUCAGCAAAAUCCUCUUCUCUCAGUUGUUCUGUCAUGGCACGCUCCUGUUUUGAUUCCUGAGUGGGCUCCAUAUAGUUUCCCACUACCUGCUCAAAGGAUCUGGCCGCAUUAGUCAUGAGAUCCAUCUUCUGGCUUAACUGAUCCAAUAGGGCAUUUAUUUUACAGAAAGCACCCAACAGUGCUUCUGAAGACAUUGUUCUGCAAGGUCACAAAGUCCUUUCCCACAGUUGUAAUCAGUGACAGCUGCAAGUUCCCAGGAAUUCCCAGGAAUUAGUUACAAUUUCACAAUUCCCCUCUAGGGGAAAAGCUUCUAGUUGUUCCUUCUCUUGAAAACAAUAGCAACAAAGUUUCUUUUUACGAUACUUUGUCCAUAUUUGUUCUUUUAAAAAACGAAAGGAAACAAUGGAGUAACUACGUUUCUCUUCUUUUAACUAUCUGUCAAAAGCAUUUGUUUCUGGUCAAUGAGCUUCAAACGUCAAUUCUGACACCCUGCUCCAGGGUCAAGGCGAUGGAAAAAUACUUUACUUUAACUUCAUUUCUGCAGGUUUAAACAACUCAGAAAGAGUCCCCCUUCUUCUCCUGCUACCGAAGGGGAUUCAGCGAUUUUAAAUGGUGAAAGUCGAUCCUUUACAAGUGGUUUUUUAAGGCUCUAGUUUGCGUUGUCUUUGCUUUGUUCUGGCUACAGGGAAACGGAAGGGUGACUUCCUGUUUGAUCCUUUCCGUUUCAGUACCAAAUUAGGGUAAAUUUUUAAGUCCAAAUUCCUUUUAAUUUCGCCAGUUCUUUAUUUGAAGUCCAAAUAUUCAAUGUUCCAGUACUCACGGUUGGUUGAUUUAAAUGCCAAAUUGUCCCAGGAAAAAGGCAGCGCUCUCCGGCGACGGCUAUGCGGCUUCGCUCCGCAGAAAAAGCAGUUGACUCACAGCACCGCGCCACUUCCCCCUCUUCACUUCGGAACCCGUUUAUGGGUUCCUUUGUGGGUUGGGGGGGCGCUAAGGGUGCCCGCCGAGUCCCACGGUCACAGGCUUCAUCCACCUGUGAUUUCCAGAAGGGUCCCCGCUACGCCGCAGCGGAAAAGACCCAUUUCAUGCGGAGCUGGUCCCUCCAGUUCAGAGGGAGUCCGCCAUCGCCGGUGGCGCCACCCCGGAAGUCUUUUCUUUCUAACAGUUAAAGGAGGCCCACCCAUUUCCCCUCUGGCAUAGUCACUCUCUUUGUUCUCUUAAGGAUCCAUAGGGCCAUUACCAGGCUGGCCUGGCUAUUCCAGCAAUUGAAUCUGCGUUGGAUCCAGGAACCUCAUAUUUACAUAGGCUACUAUAAGCCAGCUAUAAGAAGCUAUCUUGUAUUCAUUCAGACCAUUGGUCAAUCUAGUUCAGUACUGUCUCCUUCAACUUUCAGUGACUUUUGAUCUGAAUUUUCCUAGCCCUGCUACCUGAGAUCCAAACAGCACAAGUUAGUCAAGUAAAACAUUGUCUGUUCUCCUCAAAAUAGUAUUUCAAACAAGCUAGUCACUAUUAUAAACCUGGAAUCUUUACUACCUUUUGAAAAAGAAUUUUCCAAAAUGUGGUAUCUUGCUAAUCAAAUACUUUGUAUAUAGUGAGGAAAAGUAGACUUAACUGAGAAAAAACAUCUGAUGCUAAUUUUUAAAUUAUGCUAAGAAAUAGUAAAUAUAUAUUUCUAGCUACUUAAGUACUGAUUACUUUAAUUCCAGGGAAUUUGAAUCUGAAAUUCGCUUUUAUAAUGGAGAUGAUCCACUGGAUGUCUGGGACAGGUAAGCUUUUGUGAAGGGGAGCAUUAUUGGUUUGUUGUGGGGGGGUUGUUAUUUGUUCUUGUUCUGUUUUAUUUAUUUUGUAUUUAUAUCCUGAGGUUUUCAGAUGAUCUUUGGAUAAAAAACUUAAAAUAAUAAAAUGAGAACAUGGGCAAUUCUCAAAUAGAGGUGUCAUUUCCUUGUGCUCAUAAUUGUUCUGAUAUUUCUAGGUAUAUUAAAUGGACAGAGCAAACCUUUCCUCAAGGUGGUAAAGAGAGCAACCUUUCUGCUGUUUUGGAGAGAGCUGUUAAAGCACUGAAUGAGCAGCAGAGAUAUUACCAAGACCCCCGCUACCUCAGUCUCUGGCUUAAAUUUGUGAGUGAUAGAUAUAUUAUUUGAAUUUUCUCAUGUGUAUUCUAUUCCAGCUUGCUGAGCUCUAAGCCUUGUCAGACUGUAGUAGGUUACUUUAUGCUCUGAACAUCAAUAAGUUUCCAUCACAGAAGUUAUUGUACUUCAUGAGUUUUCUUGAGGCAGUUCACUCCACAUGAACUGUCUCCAUUUAUGGGAGGACGUGUGCAUUCAUUUGCACUGGCUAAUUCUUGCCCAUGCUGAAAUGACACAUGCACCACAGCAAAAAAGUUAGAUUUCAUUGGGGGGGGGAAUCUAACCUUUACCUAGUUGAUCCUCUCCUAUGAAUCAUCCAACUGUAUCAUGUUUGGACUUACUUAGUUUUCCAAAAGAGUUUAAUACUAAUAGGACAUAUCUCUUGUACUGUAUCUAUUACAAUAUCAAAACCGUACAUUUCAAAACUGAUGACAAUGCCAUGAGACAGGCUAGAUGCUAAGCAACUAUAAAAUGUAAUAAUAAACUGAGAAGGAGCCCUGAUUAAGCAGGUAGUUUAUAUAUAUUAUACAUUUGUUGUUGAUUGUUAAUCACCUUUGAAAUAUGUCUCAAGGCAAUGCGCACAAUAUAAUAAAAAUGGCUGAAGAACAGUACAAAAAAUAACAGCAGGUGAAUUGGAAAAUAAGGAGAUGCCCAUGGCAGGGACUUCUUGACUCAACUGGGGAAGCUUGUCAGAAUAAAAAUGCCUUCAAUUGCUUCUUGAAAGUGUAAUAGAUAGUGAUCACCUGCCAUAUCUCAAUAGGAAUGCUGCUCCACAGAACAGGAGCAGAUACACUGAAAGCCUUCUCCUAAUUACUGUGGAGCAGGCUUCUGAUCUCUUUGGGACCUUUAGGAGAAACUCCCACACUAUAUAAGGGAUAUGGUGAUCUCUUAAAAAUCUGUAGGUGCCGAGUAGAUUCUUAAGAAGCAUUCUUCCUCUCUCUCUAUCCAGGAAGGGAUGUUUGCUAUGUCAUGUGUGAAUUAUCUAAAAACUAAGCAUGUUUCUUGCUUUAGAAACAUUGUUUUAACCAUAUGUAAAUAUAACCGUAUUAAUUUCUACUUGAUUACUAUAAAACCUCUAAGCAGCUUACAAAAAAUAAAAAUAUUAAAAUAACAAAUAAGCCAAAAAAAGAAAAGACUAAGGGCUAAUGAUUUGAAUUUAAAAUUGCUUCUCAUGUUUUGAUGAGGGCUAGUUUGAAUGUUGAGCACAGGUCAGACUGAGCACUGUUUAGUAUCCUGGUGAUCAUGCUUAUCACAGAAUGAGAAUGAACAGCUUAAAGAACACUUCAUUCUCCCAUAGUCCAAUGUCUCUGAGACCCCCAAGGACUAGAAGUGUGCUUUGUUUUGUUCCAUAUUGCUGCAGAGCAUUGCAAGUUGAUGAAGUCUAGAAUUGCUCUGAAAAAGAACAUUUGUACCUCCCCUUUUGAUACAACAAAGCCUUACUUUUCUAUUGCAUUUUGCAGGGUAGCUGUUGUAGUGAACCGCUGGACCUAUAUAGCUAUAUGUACAGCCAAGGUAUAGGCAAAUCCCUGGCACAACUCUACAUCACUUGGGCCGAGGAACUUGAGGCAAGAGGGAAUUACCAGAAAGCUGACUUGAUAUUCCAGGAUGGGUUGCAGUUCAAAGCUGAGCCUUUAGAUAAGCUAGAGUCCCAUCACAGGUAACGUAUCCCAAGAGAGACUGGGCCUGUGGGAAUACGGAAAGCAACCCCCCCCCCCCAAAAAACCCCUAGUAAUGUCAUUUACACUGCAAAGAACUUGCUACUUCUGUGUCUAGGCAGUUCCAGGCCCGUGUGUCUCGACAGGCCUUGCAAGAUCUAGAAGAUGCUGAUGGGGAAGAGGAGUUGGGUGCUCUUGCUUCUGAACCCCAAAGAGCUACACUGGCAGAACUGAAGGGAAGAGGAAAGAAAAUGGUGAAAGCGCCAAUCAGCCGUGUAGGAAAUGCUUUGAAGCGUAAGUGGAGCUUGGCUAUGUUAGAAACAAUAAGUCUCACAUGUGAACAAUGAACACUUACCUUUAACCUCAGUGUCAUCUUCUAGUUCCAAGCCAAGAACAGAGACUCCAUAAUUCAUCUCAGCAAGCAUCACAUCGCCCAGGCUUUGCCAUAUUUGAUGAGAACAGAGUUGUAGCUCCUAGAGCUGAGGUUCCUGCACUUGUACCACAGCCGUGGGUUGUACCGCCAGCAGUAAAGGCUAAAGAGAAUGAACUGCAGGCAGGACCUUGGAACACAGGCAGGGUAAGGAAAAAGGGUGAAACUUCCCACUGCAGUUGGAACAUAAUGGGUGCCUAUGUAGGAAUAUCUUUCAAAAGUAAAUGCUUAUUUUGAGUGUGGGGAAUUCACCUUUGCUUUCUUAAUCUUAAUCUUGGGCUCAGUCUAAAACUAAAGCUCUUCUCUCUCUGACUAUUUCAGACCAUUCAAAGUUUUUGGUCUGAGUAUUUCCUGUCUUAAUGUCCUGGUAGUUAAAUCUAUCUUGCAGUCCAUUUUCAUGCAGCACUGGUUAGCAUGCAUAAACCAGGUAGCAUCUGAUGUUUUAACCUUGGGUGUGGGAUACCUCUUGGGUUUCUGGAGAGUCUGCAGCUCCUGGUUAUUCACUCUCUAGGCCUUAGAUGGGAUAUAUAAACGCUUUGCCAUUCAUCCUUGAACGAGAAAUGUGUUCUGUGCAUUGUUUUGCAUAAGAGGAAAUGUGGGGAAAAGAAAUUUGUUCUAUAGGAGGCAAAACCCAAGGUAUACUUUGCGGCUUGGAAUCAGAAGGUUGAAGUCAUGGUUUUAACUUCAAAGUAGUGGGUUCUACACAGGGACAGAAAAGGCUCUUGCCUUGUAUUUAGCUUUGAUUUAUCUUACUAUAACGAACUAAUGAAGAAGAAAUUUCAGUCUCUAGUGAUAUGCUUCCCAGGUUUUAUAUUUAGGUACUCUUAAGGAAUGCUAGCAGGGCUGAUAUGGUGCAUUUUUUUUUUGUAAAGGGCUAUCUGAUGGAAGCUCCUGCCAACCUAGCAGUUUGAAAGCACAUCAAAGUGCAAGUAGAUAAAUAGGUACUGCUCCGGUGGGGAGGUAAAUGGCGUUUCUGUGCGCUGCUCUGGUUCACCAGAAGCAGCUUAGUCAUGCUGGCCACAUGACCCGGAAGCUGUCUGCGGACAAACGCCGGUUCCCUUGGCCGGUAAAGCGAGAUGAGCGCCGCAACCCUAGAAUUGUUCAUGACUGGACUUAACGGUCAGGGUUCCCUUUUUCUGAUGGAAGUAUCUAAAAGGCCACUGUGACAGACUGGUGUGGUCAUAUGUGAACAUACUGAUACUGGUUUUCUUUCCCUUUAGCGUCCUCGGAACAAUUUGGAUUCUGCUACUGUCUCCCCUGCUGUAGUCCCCAGCUUUACUCCAUAUGUUGAAGAGUCUGCACAACAACAAACAAUGUAGGUUUUAUGCCUUCGUAUAAUAAAAACAAACUCAGUAUUAACUAAUGUUCAAUCUUAUGGGUUAGGGAAGGCCAGGACAAAAGUAUGUCUUUACAAGAUGUCGAAAGCGACUGAUGAUGCUUCAUGCAUGGUAAAGGGAUGCAGGACAAAUAGCAGAAAAAUGCCUGAACCUGGGUAACACACCCACUCAGUGAUAUUCUGUAGAGUGCUAUGAUUAAAUGAUCGUAUAGGGAAAUAAAUGAGUUUAUAGGUUUAUAAAGGCACAGGCAGUAUCACAGGUAAUCUGACCCCAAGUUGUUGAGGGCUCUCAUGUGUUAGUAACAAGACUUUGAACAUGGCCCAGUAGGCAGUUGAUUUCCGGUGCAAUUCCUUCUGGUAUAAUCUCAACUUGACCACAGCAUUCUGCAACAGCCACAGCUCCUGGAUCAGUUACCCAACUGUGAUGUUAUCAAUGCUUGAAUCACAAUGGCAAGUUAUCCCUGUCCAGAAAAGGACAUGGUUGGUGUAGCAACUUAUAUUGAUUGAUGUUCCUUUCCCUAGAAGUUACGUUGGCUUUCAUUGACACGGAUAGUUCUAGAACACCACCACCACCCCGCAAACACCCCCCUGUUAUUUCUGAGGGAGUGCCUGGAACUGGGAACCACUUGCCCACAGAGUCUUCCUCUUAAUAGAAUUCUGUUUCAACUUGCUGGUCUGCAUCUUGCUCAUCACUGCAUCCAGGACCAGUUCAAAACAGUCACACCCUCUCCUGAUUCAAAUGUUGCAGAGAAAGAGAUGGAUGUCAUCAUCUUAUACUCCUAAUGAGUGUUCCUAGCUGCUUCAAAUAGGUAUUAAAUUGCAUUGGGGACAUAAUAGCACCCUGUAGCAUCCCACAUAGCAACUGCAGUGGCAUGGGUGCAUAAUCCCCAUUAACUGAAGUAGAACACUGAAACGCAAACAAAGUGCCACCAAACCUCUGCUCACAGGGACAGUUCAGGAGGAUACUGUGACCAACAGUAUCAGUAGCUGCUGAGAGAUCAAGCAAGAGCAAGUGUUGCACUUGUCCUGUCCCUCUCACGAAGAAGGGCAUUUGUCAGGAUGACCAAGACAGAUUUUGACCUUAAAUUGCUCCUGAACACAUAGUAAAAUUUUAGUUUAUAAUUUGAUUCGUAUGAAGUUGAGUAUGUUGCUAUACCAUAUCACCAUUUCCUCCUUUUGGUUUCAAACAUUUGCCUGUUGAACAUGACAGUAACUUCCCAGGGAUAUUUGUGUUAACAUAGUUGGCAGUUUUAAAUACCAAAAUUACAACCCUGUUUACUUGUUCCAUUGCAUAAUCCCAUACCCAUUAGAUAGAGGGCUCGUCCUAAUAGUUUGCACUUAAGUACCUGGUCCGAUCCUCACUCUUGCUUCAUACUUCCCUCCUUAGGACUCCUUGUAAAAUAGAGUCUAGCAUAAACUGUGUACUAAGCACUUGGAAGCCUGGAAAGGAGGAGGAUCCCCUACAUCGUGUGCAAAGCCAUCAACAGGAUGGCCAGGAGAAGAAAGAAAAGCCAAUGUAUUGUAAAGAGAAAGUGUAUGCUGGAGUGGAGGAGUUUUCCUUGGAGGAGAUCAGAGCUGAAAUCUACCGACAGAAAGCAAAAAAGAGAAGAGACGGUAUCUAUUAGAAAUGGGCAAAUACAGGAAAAUCCUCCAGUGUUGCUUAAUGUUAGUCAGAAAAUGUAUAGAUUUCCAGAGCCUGUGCUAGUUUCUUAGAAAGAAAUUGGUUGAAAAGCACUUUUGGAUCAUGUUACAAGUCAAGGAAAUGCUUUCAUCAUCAAAUACUCUAUUUCUUCAAAGAAUUCUCGUCCUGUAGAUUAUUUUUCUAAGCUGGGCAGAGUGCACUGUAGUGUCCUGCUUUGUUUGCUAGUAAGCCCUUCUGUAUAAGUAGCAGGGUUUACCUUUCUAUGCCUUGGUGCAAUCCUCUUUCUAAACAAAAAAACAGAGAUGGAAGGUAAGUUAGUCAAGGAAGAACAAAGUAUGUUCCCCCUUUCUCUUUACUCUAGAAUACUCAAUGUGUAAUGCCUUACGGUAUUUAUUUGUUCAGCAACAUUGUUUGUGUAGGAUCAUUGCAGCCUUCAGUUCAGUUUCCCUUUCCUCUGAAAAAUGUAUUUCAACUUAGUGAACAACAGAGUUCCACUGCAUGUUGCAGGUGGUAGGAAAUAAACUUGACAUGGGACUAGCGUCCAUUUUCUUUUCUUUUGGUGGGAGCCUUGUGUUUCAGAUGUGCAGUCCCUUUCCCACCCCAAGUCUACAUCAGGGCAACCUGGGAAAAUGGUUGGGACUAUACAUGGUCUUUCUAGCUAUACUAUGGAGAAUAUGUCAUGAUUUAUUACCUUCUUUCAUACAGAGGAACUACAGGCCUUAGCACAGAAAAAAGCUGAGUUACAAAGGAAAAUUGAGGAGUUGGAGAAGAUGGGGAGAGAGCAGCAAGGAAAUGAUAAGCAGAGACCAUGUUCACAGGUAAUAUCCCAUCUUAAUUUCUGGUAGGCUAUUUGUUUGCAGUGGCCUUUCUAGAGCAUAUGGAACAUAAUUUGGAGUAUGGUUUGUGAGCAGAUUGUUCUCUUCAACUAUUUCAGCAAGUAGUGGAGCAGGAGCCUGCAGGUAUGCCUUCUGACAAGGCAGAGGCUGAGAUUCUGAAGCAUCCUUUAAAGGAAAGACAGCUCUCUCUGGCAGAUGAUGAAGCAUUUGUUGAAGAAGGCCUUUCAGAUGUUUUUUCAUUGAAAAGGUAAAGUGGGAGUUGGCUCUGGAGAAAAGAAAAUUCUUUUCUUAAAUUGUCAGAUAUUUAAAUGAUAUGCCAGUUCAAAAUAUGUUUCAGAGUGGUGUGGGGUGGCUUACUAUAUUGUCUAUAUUGUGAUCUGAACGGUGCCCUGUAUUUUUUUUUUAAUCCAAUGCUUUCUUUAUAGCAAUCUUGAUCUGGUUGGAAAUGUUCCACACGAGAAAUCAAGUUCUAGCGGUAAGUUUUGUUCAUAGGCUCUUGCUUGAAGGAAGUCUCUUGACUUUCCUCCUAUGUGUUCAAUAAAACCACUUAGAGGUUUUAGUUACAAUUAAGCAGUAUGCACACUCUGUUAAAUGACUGAGGCUAAUUUUAAUCAUUUGAGGAGCAGCAGGAGGGGGCAAUGGGCAGUGUGUGUCUGCCUACUUGUUUUUGAGGUUUUUCUUUACCCUGAUGGAAUAGAAUCUGAGACUGCCUCUAAUCUUUCUUUCUCAUUUCCCCCUACUUCUCAGUUGCCCCCGUCACUUGACCCCCUAUGUCUACUUAUGCUUAAUCUCUUUUGGGUGACCGAUAUUUGACUAAUUACUGAUACUUACCGUAUUUUUCGCCCCAUAGGACGCUCCGGCCCAUAAGGCGCACCUAGUUUUUUGGAGGGGAAAUAAAGAAAAAAAAUUUUAUUUCCCCCCCCAAGGUGCGAGGCUGGGGCGGGGGAAGCCUGAGCUUCCCCGACCCCAGCCCCCGGAACAGGCUGCUCUCUGCAAGCCGUGGGAGCCCUCCAGCGGCUUGCACAGAGUUACCCGAAGCCCGGGCACAACUGCUGAGCGCGCCGGGGCUUCGGGAUAAGAGGCAGCUCUGCGCAAGCCGGGGGAGCUCUCCUGCGGCUUGCACAGAGCUACCCGAAGCCCCGGCGCGACAGCUCAGUGCGCCGGGGCUUAGGGAUUAGAGGCAGCUAGGCGCAAGCCAGGGGAGCACUCCCGCGGCUUGCGCAGAGCUACCGAGCCCCGGCGCGACUGCUCAGCGCGCCGGGGCUUCGGGUUAAGCGGCAGCUCUGCGCACGCCGGGGGAGCUCUCCCGCGGCUGGCACGGCGCUACCCGAAGCCCCGGCGCGACAGCUCAGUGCGCCGGGGCUUUGGGAUGAGAGGCAGCUCUGCGCAAGCCGGGGGAGCUCUCCCGCGGCUUGCGCAGAGCUACCCGAAGCCCCGGCGCGACUGCUCAGCGCGCCGGGGCUUCGGGAUAAGAGCCAGCACUGCGCAAGCCGGGGGAGCCCUCCCGCGGCUUGCGCAGAGCUACCCGAAGCCCCGGUGCGACUGCUGAGCGCGCCGGGGCUUCGGGAUAAGAGGCAGCGCUGCGCAAGCCGCGGGAGAGCUCCCCCGGCUUGCGCAGCGCUGCCUGCACCCCGAAGCCCCGGUGCACUCAGCAGUCGCUUCGGGUAGCUUCGGGAUAAGAGGCAGUGCUGCGCAAGCCGGGGGAGCCCGGGGGAACUCCUGCGGGCUCCCACGGCUUGCGGAUAGCUUCCUGAAGCCUGGAGAGGGAGAGGGGUCGGUGCGCACCGACCCCUCUCGCUCUCCAGGCUUCAGCGAAAGCCUGCAUUCGCCCCAUAGGACGCACACACAUUUCCCCUUCAUUUUUGGAGGGGAAAAAGUGAAUCCUAUAGGGCGAAAAAUACGGUAAUAGUGUGAAGCCUUGCUUGCUCUUUGACUCUGGGCCUACCGCUUUGGAAGGCUUGCUAUAAGGCAGUCUGGCCCUGGACACACAGAAGUCAGCAACCCAUCUCUUCUUUCCAGUAUUGUUCCUUCCUGCUUUACUUACUUUGAUCCAUCCUCACCCUCACAAAACCAAAGCAGCAAGCAAAAAUGAAAACUUGAAAGUUGCUGGUCACAGUAGAAGAGCUUGUUUUCCUCAGAUGAAAAUGAGUGUAAAUACAUGAAAUGAUAAAGUUGGUUCCUCAUUUGACAAGAGGAAGUCUCCUUUAGCUCAAAUACAUUUUGCAGAUUAACUGUAGGAGCUAGCAUGUUUAUCUAAAUUGUUUAAAAAAUCUAUUCCUAGCCACUGUGAGAUACACAAAGCUGUAAGCAUGUGACCUAAGUUAGACCAAGAGAACAUCUAGUCUGAGUUCAUCAUGUUACUCUGUCUUGCAACCUUUUCACUAAUCAGGACAGUAGAUUCUAUGUGUGUUCAUUUCCCCCUAAUUACCUUUGCUUAUUCUCCCCCUUUUAAUUGCUAGACUUGCCAUUUUCCUUUUGUGUGUCAAGUGUCAUAGAAAGAACUUAUUGUCUUCCUGCACAGAAAGCUCUAAACCUUUUACAACAAACAGAAUGUAAAAUGGCUGAAACAGUUGCAUUCUUUCACACACGUGUUGCUUUGAGAACUUCUUUAGUGGAUACCAUGUGCUUCCUGCUAUAGGUUUUCAUCCUCACUGUUAUAGUGGAACUUGCUGGUGAGCUAGAUGGUCAGCUGAUGUGAAGAUGGGCUACUGGAAUUGGCUGAUUGCACUGCACCUUUGCAAUGUGUUCAGUAAAAAGUAUAUUCUCAAAUAAUUCCAAACAGCUUUUAAAGUCUAUUGGCUCUCCUCUCCACAGAUUUUGAGAUUCCUUCUGCAGUGAAUCCUUUGACAUUUUCUAUAUUUGUUGAGGAAUCUGCAUCAGAAAAUGCGAGUACCAGGUAACUGUGUGUAACUAAUUUCUCAGCAGGAGACAGAGUGAUCUCAAUUUGUUUUAAAAGCAUUCUAUGUUGGGAUCAAUUUCAUGAUCAAGAAAAUUCAUUGAUCUUUCUUUAUGCUUUAAUAAUAAUAAUAUUUUAUUUAUACCCCACCCUCCCCGGCCAGAGCCAGGCUCAGGGCGGCUAACACCAAUGAAAUUACAAUAAAACCUAAUGGGGGGGGGGACAAACAAAUAAACAAAAACCAGUUUAUUAAAAUAUGGGUUAUACCACCUAUAAUUGUUUUUAAAUGUACGUGUAGAGCUGUAUUUGUACAGUAUGUUUGUAAUCCUGUAACCCAGAAGAAAAUGAAUGCAAGUGGUGAAAUUCUUGAAUGGAAUGAAUUGGCAUUCGAAGUCAACCUGUUCAUAUAUUUGUUUUUUCCUUUAGUCUUUCUACUGGCCCUCCAGUGGUACGUUCCAGACGAGUUCUUGCUGUUCGCAAACCUUCAGAAAGUAUAACUGCCAAGGAAAAUAUAUCCCCUGAAAAAUUUGUAAGUUUUUCAUAGCUUAGAGUCAUUGAGAUCUAUGUAGAAUAUCCUGUUACUUCUUAAAUGAAGGCAUACACAUGAACACUUGUGGCAUCUUGUCACUAAGGACCACUUCACACAUUGACCAAAGUGUACAUAUGUAUGCACUGCUUACCUUUAAAUAUAUGUCACCAAGGAUCUGUUGUGUUAAAUCAGUUUCACACCAGUGUAGACUUGCGGGGGGUGGGGUGGGACAACUCUGAGCUGGGUCAGACCACUAAACCAAUUUUGUCUGGCCUCCAGCAACCCUAUGAGAGUAUAAGUGUGAGAGAUAAAUUUCAACAGUUUUAAAGAUAAUUCUGUUUCCACACUUUAAUAAUAAUGUUCUGAUUUCAGUAGCCUAGGCAUUCCCAAGGUAAAGCUCUUAUUUCUUGAAGCUGCUGCUGUUGACUUUGUGAAGGGGCUGGUUUGUCUAGUGCAGGGGUCAGCAAACCUUUUCAGCAGGAGGCCGGUCCACUGUUCCUCAAACCUUAUGGGGGGCCAGACUAUAUUUUUUUUGAGGGGGGAAUGAACAAAUUCCUAUGCCCCACAAAUUAAAUAAAAGCACACAUUCUACUCAUGUAAAAACACACUGAUUCCUGGACCGUCCGCAGGCCGGAUUUAGAAGGUGAUUGGGCCAAAUCUGGCUUCCGGGUCUUAGUUUGCCUACCCACAGUCUGGUGUAAUUCCUUCUGGCUUUCAGGACUAGUAUCUGAGAAGAGCAUGUCCCCUGAGAAAUCCAAAAUUGAUACUCCCUGACUUAAGACAUAUGGGUGACCUAAUUCAGACUCCAUCCUAAGGAUGUUUGUUUUAAGAAUGUUCAAAUGUUUAGCUGUUUGUGUGUUGCCUAUAAAACCCUUGUACUGAUGCCCCUUGUGGCAGACUUUCGUAACUGGUGAUUCAGCUAGAAUAACCAUGUUAAGUUGAGGUCUGCCCUAUUGCAUAGCUGCUAUAAAUUUGGGUCCCUUCUGGAUGCUGGACUUGAAUUAAUUUCCCUGGUUUCAUGUUUCACUUAGAAGGUGGUCUCUUACCUGGGUAAUGAGCAAAGUGGUGCAGAAGUAAAUUCUUACCAUAGAUGUACCUGCAUGCUGUUGAGCAGGUAGAUUUUUUUUUUGGACAAAAUUUCUGAAAACAAAAAAUACCUUUUGGUGGUGGCUAUUAUGUGUUUCUCUCUAGGCUGAACUCAAUGGAAUUGAACCGUUGAAUGAAGAUGCAAUUCUCACAAGCUCGUAUAAGAACAAAACCCUUUGCCCUAAUCCUGAAGACACCUGUGACUUUGUUAGAGCUGCCCACCUGGCAUCAACCCCUUUCCAUGGGACAACAGAACAGAGAAAUCAGCUUGAUGACAAGCUUGAAGACAAACCAAAGGAAGAACAUCCAGAAUCUAAGCCUAUAUCUCUGAGCCAGCAGACAAUUCUUAGUGAAAAUCAAUACGCUGAGGCCCUCUCUACGAAGAAGCUGAGGUACCUGAAGAGGAUUCAGUGGGCUUCAUGUGGUUUUAUCUAGGGUGGGACACAUGUCUGCCUUGCCUUCAUAUACUAUGAACUGCAUGAUUCAGUGUUCCAUUGUGGCUCAAAUUUUUCAGUGGCCUUUUUUGCCUACUGGCAACCAUGCAAGCUGCAGCAUGGAGACAUUCUUCCUAUAUGCUAAGAUAUUGCUUACUAUUUCGCUCUCAUUACACAUCUAAUUUUUUUUGCCUGUAAUGCCUUUUUCUCUGAUUCUUUUCCAAAAACAACUUCAUUUUCUGUGGGUCCUGUGAGAAUUUUGAAAGCUUUAAUGGAUUCAUGAUACUGAAAACUCACUCUGCUUUGAUGCUAUUUCACCUCGAGGUUUGUAUCAAAAAUGUGGUAAGGAGCAUGGGUGAUGAGUGCACAAUCUUGAGGCCCACUCCCAAUAUAAUCCUGGGUAGAAUCCUGGGGUGAAAUAGCUUCUGAACAGGGUCCAAGUAGGACAAUUUGGUAUGAAUAUUGAAGCACCUGUUAAUAUUUUCUUCAAAAAUUGAACUAGUGCAUUUCUCAUCUACCCCCGUUUUUGGGGGGUUCCGGUAAAAGUUGUUGACCUUUUUUUAUGCCCAUUUAGUUGGGGUUCCGUGGGGGGGGGGGAGACUUUUAAGGGGGAACGGGAUUAGUUGCUUACCAAAACAGCACUGUUGAAAGCGUUUUGCCUCGCAGCAAAAACUUCAUCUUUCGUUACAGAUAUCAGGAGAAAAUCCAGGCAGGGGAGAGGGGCCGGGGCCAGGUGCUCUUAGGCAAAAGCAAAGGAAAAUGAGCCCGCGAUCGAUUGCAACCUCCUGGGGAUCGACCAGUCAAUCCCCAUCAACCUGUUGGACAUCUCUGCUUUAUAUGAUGCUUUUGAAACUUCUUUUCAUUAAAGGGAUAGGAUCUUAAACUGUUGCGUUAUGAAUUGUCAAGGGAGUAUGAAUAAAUCUGUCAGAUGCAAAUCUUAAUAUCUUUCCCCAAUUAUGUAUAGCCCAAUUAUGGAGGCAAGUCAGGAAGAUACCAUUUCUUCAGCAUCUUCAGCAUCUACAUGUUCCCCUACACAUAUAUCUACCAUUAAAUUUCAACAAAUCCCAGAGAAGCUGGAGUUGGGUCAUACCUCAACUGAUGAACUUGUCAGUGAUGUUGAAAAUGGCUCUAGUGAGUAUGCUGCUGAUGACUUGCUUUCUUCCUCCAGGUUCUUUAUAAAUGACCAUAGGGAGUGGGUGGUGCUGUGGUCUAAGCCACUGAGCCUCUUGGGGUUGUCGAUCGGAAGGUCGGCAGUUCAAAUCCACCCAGUGGGGUGAGCUCCCAUUGCUCUGUCCCAGCUUUCUGCCAUCCUAGCAGUUCAAAAGCAUACCAGUGCAAGUAGAUAAAUAGGUACCAUUGUGGUAGGAAGGUAAAUGGUGUCGCCGUGCUAUCUGGCUUCCAUCACGGUGUUCUGUUGCGGCAGAAGUGGUUUAGUCAUGCUGGCCACAUGACCUGGAAAGCUGUCUGUGGACAAAUGCCUGCUCCCUUGGCUUGAAAAGUGAGAUGAGCAGCGCACCCAUAGUCACCUUUGGCUGGACUUAACCGUCAGGGGUCCUUUACCUUUUUACCUUUACCUUUAUAAAUGACCGAUGGCACAAUAAGUAUUUUUAUCAAAAGUCAGUGAAAAAUCAGCUAAAGCUAGUAGUGUAAGCAGAGGUUAAAAGAGAAGUGAUCUUAAGUGUUAAGGCAGAAAAAGCAGAACUGAUUCUAGAACAAAAAUGUUUAAAUUGCUUGAAUGAUUGAAUUUUGAGAAUGUAUUAGGAAAUAAAAGAAAUAUUAAUAUCUUCAAUGGGGAGAGAUGCCUAUGCAGUCCUUAUCAGUAGUUGUAACUUGUAACUGAUAGUUUUGCUUGUUUGCCUGUUUUAGGUUACUCUCCUGACAGGCUGUGGAAUGCCGAGCAGCGCAAACAACUGUUGCAACCCCUUCCAGACUUGUUGACAAAGUCUCCUGACUUUAAAUUGGAGGCUCAGCCUAUGCCUUGGAUGGAGCUAGGAAAAGAAAUUUGUAUUGGUAAAGAUAAUUAGAUUUUUUGUUAUGCUAGAAUUCUUCUGAGCAGCCUAAAACCUGUAGCCUAGUUUGCAUAUGAUGUUUCUGAUUUCUUUUUAUCUGAAAUAUAAAAAAUGCGCACACACAAGCUCUCAAACCAGUAUGCUUUAUUUCCCCACCUAGUUCACCUUGCUUGGUCUCAUAAUGCUGCUGUGUGGAAGAAUAGUUGUCAGUAAACUUUGUAGUAUUAUGAAUACUUUAUUUUUUGCUCCAUAAGACACACUUAGUUUUUAGAGGAGGAAAGGGGGAAAGCCCCAUUUUUGGGGGGAUCGGCUCACAGUUGUACAGCUUCUUUUGCAAAGGGGAAAAUCCCCUAUUUUUGAGGAUCAGCUCAAAGUUGUUGAGCUUACUUUGCAAAGGAAAAAAAAUCCUGUUUUUAUGGGGUUCAACUCACAGUUCUGUAGCUUCUUUAGGAAAGAAAAGGGAGCGGUUUCUACAGUUUCCAGACAGAUAAUCUAAUCAGCCAGUCACAUGUCGCUGGGGAAACAAACAGCCUCCAUCUGCAGAACAUUCAACAAUGGAGGCCUGGGCAAGGGGGCGGGGCCAGAAAGGGAGCCAGCGAUUGACCACACAUUUGCUCCAUAAGACGCACAGACAUUUUCCCUUACUUUUUAGGAGGAAAAAAGUGUGUCUUAUGGAGCGAAAAAUACGGUAUUUCUUAAGCCUAGCUUGUGGUAUCUUGAAUGGAUUACUUAUUUGCUUGAACUAGUAUUUUGUUAUGUAACACUAGCAGCCUUGCACUUGGCAUUGCUCAGAAAUUCUAAGAAAUACCAAAACUAGUACAGUUUUGAAAGGUGAAGCCUGCAGCUUGAAGCAAAAUUGUCUAAUUGUAUCCAAGCAGACAAAAGCCUGCUCUUUGAACCAAAAUGCAAAGUUUGGUUACAAUAUCUUAAGAGGUAUCCAAAGGCAUAGAGAACACUUGGGCCAUUUUCCAAAAUACAUAGUAGAUAAGCAAAGCGAGCUGUAGCUGUCCGGAUUAAUUAAAAAAUCUAUGACAGCACCUGUCAAUUCUGGGCAGGAAUUUGAUGUCAUGGUAAGACAAUUUAUGUCAGGGAAAGUAUUUUGACUUGCCAGAUGUAAUUACUCCCCCCCACCAUCUCCUCCACAUGCGGUUCUGUAGGUUCUUUCCCCUCCCCAAAGCCUUUUUUUUGGUGGGGGAAGAGCCACUGUCCUUGCACAGUGCUUCUGCUGGUGGGACUCAUUAGUUGACUCCUGCCCAUUGAGAGGCAGUGAUUGAAAAACAUGUUAUUUGCAAAUUUGUAGAAAGGGCCGUAUGAUCUUAUUCAUGAUUCACACUUCAGGUUUGAAAACAUUAAAGGCAACAGAAGUCAGCUUUCUUAAAUUUUAAUUAUCUAUAUUGUAGAAUGUUCUCUCCAGAGAUUGUUUUAAACAUGUGGUGGUCAUGAUUACUUCAGUCUUAAAAUUCUGUUUCAACAGGAGGUGUGAAAUACUCUAUUACUCAGGAGCAUCUGAUCAGUGAAGGUGACAAGCUGUUUUCUGCUGUAGCAACCAGCUGUGCAGAUGAAGACUCAAAUACAGUUUUAAUAAAGGUAUAUAAGUGUCCUCCUUAUAGUUCACCCAACUCCACAGUAUCUUCACUACUCCUUUAUCAACCCCCUUCAUCUUUUUUGCUUGACUUGUGUUGGGGCCCUCUUAUUUCUGUUCUGAAUAGCUAGAUACCCCAUAUUUCGAUUUGUUGAAAUCUCCAAGGUAGCUCCCAAAUUAGGAACAAAAAUACACAAAAUGUUGCUGUGUUGAUAUUAUAAAGUAUCUUAAAUUUACAACAGCAUAAAAGCAGAAAGGCACCAUAAAACCAAGUUUGAAAUGUAAGGGCAUAGCCUAUCCAAAGAGCAGCAGUUAUAAAAAAUCAUAAGUUCAGUUCAGCUAAUAGCAUGUGAGAAUAAAACUGUAUUAACCUGCUGUCCAUAUCUGAGACUUCAUACUAGUUGAAGUUUUCUUGGGAAGGGACUUCAACAACACAGGUUUUAUAGUGGAGAAGGUCUUAUCCUUGAUCACCUAUGGUUAAUGUCCUUGGUUCCUUUUCUUUUUUUCUUGACUUCUUGGGGUUUUAUAAUGUUUAAAUUAUAUACUGUUUCUGCCAUGUGCUGUUUUUACUAGUUAUUAUCUUAUAUUUAAUAUUCUGAAUGGGCUCUAUCAUGCUGUUGAAGGCUUGCUUGUUCCAGACAUUAUUGGUAGUGGGGUGUGUGGAAAACAGCUUUUAGCAGUUCAAUUUAAAUAAGCAGUAUAACAUAACUUAACUUUUCAUUCAGCUGGGUGAGAGUCUUGAUGAAGAUUGCAAGUUUUAAUGAGGAAUCCUCGUGUGUUUUGAUUUCUCUUUGUUUUUACUGUAUUCUUGCAUCUUCAUGAAGGGGAACAUUCUAAUUCAGAACAAAAUAAAAAAAUUCCUUCCAGUAGCACCUUAUAGACCAACUAAGUUUGUUAUUGGUAUGAGCUUUUGUGUCCAUGGACACUUCUUCAGGUCCUUUAUAACUUCCCUGUAAGAUGUUUAGGUUGGGAUGGGCAACUUUGCAUUCACAUCUCUUCCAAACUGCUUUGGUGGAGCUGUGCUGUGUUAUCCAAUAUAAGUUGUAUUGGCAGUAAUUCUAGAGCACAUUGUAAGCAUGGAUGUUGUUGGGUGAGAUGACAGUAUAAAAAUGGCCUUCCUAGUUAUGCUGUGAGGCCUGUCAUGUCAGCUCAGGAUUAUAAUAUGCUGCAUAGAGGCUGCCAUCCAGCACAGAAGUCAUCUGGAUUCCGUGUGAACAAUCAUUUAGGUCAAUGGUGCAGUUUCAACUAUAGGUAUUUUUAUUCUCCUUCUGUUUAGGUGCAUUCAGAACCUCUGCCAUGGGACUUCUAUAUCACGCUGCAACUCCAAGAGCGUCUAGGCACUGAGUUUGAUCAGAGCUUUAAUGCAAACUGCUCUUGUUUCUUAUACCACAAUGGCUGUGUGACUCUGCACAAGGGGAUAAAUGAUUUUACUGUCCAGGUCAGUGUGGAUAACCCUAGUAUGAUGGGCAGAGUUGAGGUGCAUACUGAAAAUGAGUCUGAAAAUGUUGGUUCCACUUAUCCUUCUCCAUGUGGCCAUGUGAGCAUAGACACAACCGAGUGAAGAAACGUUUACUAUGAACUAGGCAGUGCAUAGACAGAGCUGGAAGCCAUUUUCUCUAGUUUUCCCCACCAAGUGAUUAUAGGAGUCCCCCAUAUACCUACCAUAACUAAGCUGGAGGAACUGCAGUAACAGCAUACACUAGUCUUCUGUUUAUCCCUGCCUCCAAUUCCUUCCCCAUCUCCUGUCACCUCCCAUUUGCCUUUGUUUAAAGUGUAAGUCUGCUGUGGUUGGGCAGAAAGUCACCUCAUUAUUUGCAUCAAGUAUGAUGUGCAACUUGGAUGGUGCCACAUAAAUAAAUCCCUGAGUUUACAGUUUGCAUCUUCAAGCAAUACAGUGCAGGAAAAAGCCAAGCAGGACUUGUAUGUGCAAAUCAAUCCUAAGGUGCAGGUGAUAUAUGCAUCUUCUUGGCCUUGUUUUCUGGCACUCUGAGAUUUUCCAUGCUUGUUAUCUAGAGCAGGGGUCAGCAACCUUUUUCAGCCAUGGGCCAGUCCACCGUCCCUCAGACCAUGUGGUGGGCCGGACUAUAUUUUUUUGGGGGGGGGGAGGAAUGAACGAAUUCCUGUGCCCCACAAAUAACCCAGAGAUGCAUUUUAAAUAAAAGGACACAUUCUACUCAUGUAAAAACAUGCUGAUUCCCGGACUGUCCGUGGGCUGGAUUGAGAAGGCAAUUGGGCCGCAUCCUGCCCAAGGGCCUUAGGUUGCCUACCCCUGAUCUAGAGUAUGACCGUAACCCCAAUUGUACCAAAGCACAUUGCUACAAUGUUGAGUGGUUCCUGAGUCAUAUAGUUAAUAACGCAGAUCCCUUUGCCCCCAGCUAGUAGAAUGCUGAUGCUUAUGCAUGAACUUAAACGCUUCCAGUAUAACUUGUGCUAAAUGGUUUAAAGUACAUGUUUCUGUUUAAAUGAUCCAUCCAGAGUCUUGGUCAUAUAAAUGCGGAAAAGUACAAGAGACUUGUUUUAUCAGUGUGAUCACUUGGUUGAGUAAGGGGAAGCCAAUUCUGAGUCCUUAUAAUACACAUUACGCUUGCUAUUUUCUAUGUUUGACAAAAUCACCCUCUUCAAGCCCAAUAGGUUCCCACCUAUGAUCAAAUGUACCUGCUUGGACCAUGAUGGCAUAGUACUGUAAUAGAUUAUGUUGCUCUUUCCUUCUCAGGAUAUGAUUCAUACCCUGCCCCAAGAAGCAGUCACGUGGAUUGUCAACAAUCUUCUAGAAGUGGUGGAGAAAUUACACAGAGUGGAGAUAGUCCAUGGAAAUUUGCAUCCAAGGACACUAUUCUUGGGAGACAGGUUGGCUGCUCCUUUCCAGUGACCCCAUACCUUGGGCUUUGUGCUUUGUGCUUUCUAAAGUUAAUCCUGAAUUGAUACAAGUCAUUUGGAUCGGGGUGGGUGGGAGGAGAAGGUGUUCAGAUGGCUGGAAUUUUAAAUGUCGGAUGUUUGUUUUGUACUAGUGCUGUGAGUAAAUAGAAUAUGCAGAGUAUUUAUUAAUAUUAUUAUUAAUAUACUGUAUCAUUACAGUAUCAUAAUGUAGAAAGUUGUUGCUAGUAAAUUCUACAAGUACCCUGGGGAUGUUGGCUUUCAAACGUAGGAAUUGUAGCAGAAAUGGUCCUAUACUGGUUGAUGCCAACAGAGGGUGAGAUUCUGAUUAUUCUACAGUCUGUAAUGAUGUGUUCUUAUAGGGAAAAAGCUAAUGUUGGUUAAGUGUACUUGCACUAAUGCAAUGGGACUUCUUCCUUCAACUCCUUCUCCCAAACCUCUGGAGAAGAUUUUGCGGGGCAAAUAAGGGGACAGAAGGAGAAGGAGCAGAAACGUGUUUUUAAUCCACAGUAAUUCUACACUGAGAACUAUAAUAGAAUAAUUUGCUGUUAGUGUAAACUCCUUUUAGUACCAGUUCUUAAGACAAACACUAGAGGGAGUUAGCAGCAUAGCGAAGUGCAAGUGCAAUGGAACAUUCAACAAAUUUGUGUCCACACAUCUUUCCUCAGAAUUUGCAAUCCGAAUGCUGUUGCAGAGACCACCAGCGCUCUGAAAAUAGUGGAUUUCUCCCACAGCUUAGACCUGCAGCUGCAGCCAGCAGUGAAUUCACUAAAAAGUUUUCCAAUAGCUCAGACCCAGAACGGGAAACAGAUCCUUGAUGAAAAAUCACUUCCUCACCAGGUGAAUACAUGUAUCUGUAGAAAAAAUAUUGCUGAUAGCCCUUGGCCAUUAUGAAAAAUCAGAUGUGCUGACCUUUUAUGUAGGUGGCAUGUAGUCUGGAUUUGUGGAGCUGUUUGCACAAACCAUGCAAGACUUUCUGACAUGGGAACACCCCUUUCACCUUAGUCUUCAUUUCUUUUAUUGGCUAAAAGAAGAUGGCAGCCUACUUCUCCUGUUGUUUUAUUCCCAUGUGCAGCUAAUUGCCACUAUUUGCUUUUUUAUAUUUAAUUUGAAAGAAUUGUUUUCUAAAAAAAAAAUUUCUUGCAUCACUUACUGGAAGACCCCAUGAUGACAUAUCAUAGAAGCCGAUAAUGGUAUUUCUGGAGUAGUUUUCAAAUUGUUUUACUGUGCAACUUAAAUGAUGAUGGGUGUUAAAACUGCAGGUGAGGACAGUACCGAUUCUGAUUAAUGAUGUUGUGAUUUUAGGUGGACUUGCUUGGCAUUGCAGACACAAUACAUCUAAUAUUGUUUGGGGAGCCCAUGAAAGUUUAUCAGGAGAAAGGCCACUGGAAAACUAUGAGAGACUUAUCUCAGUAAGUAUUAGACUAUUUGUUCUAUCUCCUCUAGUGACUGGUUCUGAUUCAUAGUUGUAGAAGUGAUAACGUCUGCCAGCUAACGGUAUGUGCAUGUUUGAGUUAGGGCUACAUGUAUUGAUCAGUUGAUGAACAGAGCAAAUUGGAGGCUCCAUCUGCACUGUAUAGUUAAAGUAAUAUACCACUUUAAGCAGCAAUGGCUUCCCCAAAGAACACUGGGAAGUGUGGUUAAGGGUGCUAAGAGUUGUUAGGAGAUCCCUAUUCCCCAACUAUUUAUAUUGUAAAGUGGUGAGGGAUGCUAACAGGUCUUGAGGGAGGAGAAGGGAUACCAAUGUAGCUGUGCAACUGAAUUUCAAGCCAGUUUAAUGUUUGAUUUUCUGGAGCAAAUUUAUAUCCACACCACUGCUACAUUCUGGUUCAGGAAUGGCCAACAUCUUUAGCUUGGAAGCCAAGGUGUCAGAGGCCAGACAUCAUCAGCUGUUUUGCUUCUCUGUUUCCCAAUGCCCUAUACCCAGGGAUGAGGAACCUGUGGCCCUCCAGAUGAUAGAUUCUGACUCCUUUAGCCUCAGCCAAUAUGGCCAAUGGUCAGGGAUGAUGUGUUGGAGAUCUUAGGUGAGAUACCCCCUGAGGUGGAAGUUGCUCCCAGUUCUAGUCACCACAUAGAGAUAGCUUAAGGUCCAAAAUUGUUAACCAGUACAGAAGAUCAGGCUUCAGUUUUGGACGUUGUUGUAUACAUACAGUUCGUAGGCUUUGCAGAUACAUCUAUAUGCAAGUAGGAAAUAUUUCCUUGCUCCAGCAAUUCAAGACAUAACACAGCCUCCGACUCAAAGACAGCAUUCACUGACUCGCCUUACUUAUAAAGAUGGUACUGGGCCAUUGCCAUAGUAAACUGACUUGGCUGACCUUGCACCUGCUGGCUUAUCUCAGACAUGGAAUGAUAUGUGUUUUAGAUCUGUAGUAUACCAAUCUUUUCUCUGAAGGAGGAAUGUUAACUUUUUGUAGACUGGGCUGGCUGACUCUGAUGGGCAUUGCAGUGCAGAACAUCCAUAGGGCAUCAGAAUGGUGAAGGCUGCCCAAGAGAGUGGUCUGCUGUGCAAUGUUUACCAAUCAACUUCUCCUGCCUCUUUAUUAUAUUUUGCUUUUAAUCCCCUACAUAAGUAGAAUCAAGGGGGUAUAUAGAUGGUUGUUUGAUGCAAAUUGACGCUUUUCCUUUUUGCUGUCAACCAUCCUGGCAAUUCCUGUUUAAGUCUGUUCCAAGGCAGAAAAAAUCUGUUGCACUUUAUGUGUUCUAAAGAGUUGGAACAAAGCUGCCUUUUUAUAGCCAUCUGCUUUUAUAGAUGGGCUUAAUAUAGAGAGUUUUACAUCAGCAGCAGUUCUUCAUGGAGCUGGCUCAUGGUGUGGGUGUGAUGGGUUUGCAAGGAGCAGUAUAUUCAGCGCUUUCUUACGUUGAUUGGAAGGUUCAGAAUAUUGCAGAAAAAGAGAUACCUUUGCCAAAAGUGUUUGUGUAUGUAUGCAGGAACUCCUUGUUCCUGUUCUUAAAUUGAAUCUUAAAUUACGUAGAUAGAAGAUUUCCAGAUAGGCAAAACUGACUAAGGUGUUUCAGUUAACACUUAACACUCUGUCUAGGCAAGCCUGGUUCUCUAAAAUACAGAUACUAAACACAUUUGCACUACAUGGGGUUUGCAGCUGCUGGUGUUGUUAUGCUUUUUGUUUCAACUUGUUUCAUUCCUGGUUCUUGGAUGAGGUUUUUCUUGAGAGCUGGUAGGAGGAAUGCUUUAGGUCAGGGGUGAGGAAGCUGUAACCUUCCAGAUGCUGUUGGACAUCAACCCCAGCCAGCAUGGCCAAUGAUCAGGGAUGAUGAGGGUUGUAGCCCAGCACUUCUGGAGCGUUCAUAGGUUCCCCAUUCCUACUUGAAGUGCCACAGAACUCUCACAUGCAGAGUUUGAUUCCUUGUGCAAAGGUUUAUGUUGAAUGUUACCAUGUCCUCAAAGGGCCGCGGGUGGCGCUGUGGCUUAAACCACAGAGCCUAGGACUUGCCGAUCAGAAGGUCGGCGGUUCGAAUCCCCGUGACGGGGUGAGCUCCCGUUGUUUGGUCCCUGCUCCUGCCAACCUAGCAGUUCGAAAGCACAAAGUGCAAGUAGAUAAAUAGGUACUGCUCCGGCAGGAAGGUAAAUGGCGUUUCCGUGGGCUGCUCUGGUUCGCCAGAAGCGGCUUAGUCAUUCUGGCCACAUGACCUGGAAGCUGUCUGCGGACAAACACCGGCUCCUUCGCCCAAUAAACUGAGAUGAGCGCCGCAACCCCAGAGUCGGUAACAACUGGACUUAAUGGUCGGGGUCCCUUUACCUUUAUCAUGUCCUCAAAGAUUUCCAGUGCUGCUGUUUAAGCAGAAAGCUGUAGCCUGACAAAAUUGAGUGAGCAAAUAUCAACUAAUAUUUGCUAAAUUGUACUCUGUGCAAAAUAGUUUAGAUUGUUGGAUUAAGUGCAACUAUAUUUUCCAUUUUAAAGGGGGAUGGUCAAUACUUGCAUAUACUAUCUAUGAAAUUAGAAAGGAGAUCUCUGCAUGCCUGUAGCAUUGAAGCAGGAACUAACUUUCUAAAGAGCUGUGUAUAUAUUGCUUUUGAAACGUGGCCGAAUAUUAGUAACCAGACUUAAAGUUCAAAUUCCAUGACACAAUGCACAUAUCUUAUAAGCAAGUCUGAAUUCUGUUGCACUACUCUGAGUACAUAUCUUGAAUUAAUGAAGCAUGUGAAUGCAAAUGUGGUGUUGCCUUUUUUAGCCAGUGUAAAUUAUUACAGUAUGGUUCUUGUACAACCAGUACACUUUUUUUAUAUAUAAAAAAAAUGUUGGUUAACAGGGAAAAGGUGCAUUGCAAGAGGCAAGAGCUGCAGUGAAUAUAUAUCUCCUUGGAGUUAUUUGUCUUCAACUGGGCCUGCCCUUUGGGUAAACAAACUGAAUGAAUCAAUAUGGCAUAAUGAAGCAAACAGUAAAGAGUCCGCAAGUUUUUCAGUUUGUAGCUCUGCAUUAGUUACUGGCAACUAGCUUGUUUUUAGUCCCAGGUGAUCUGCAGUAAAUUUCAAAUCUGCCACAUCCAGUCAGUGUACAGUUUACAGUAUUACUGUAAAUUAUGUUCUAAAAUUUGUGUUAAAAGUUGUAGGCUAGAAAUUUAAUAAUUUUAUCUACUCUUAACUAUGGACUCAAAAUACCCUUUUCAGUGAAAAUUGAGAGAUUGACAUAUUAGCAAGCAUCCCCAAGCAUCCAUGUGUGUGACAUUCUGAAUGAAAAUUGCUUUCCUAUCUGGUUUUAGGUCUGCUGGCAGUGACUUGUGGAGUAAAUUCUUUGAAAGAAUUCUAAACGCAAAAGGCGAGUCUACUGUGCCUCUGCUGAGAGAACUAAGACAAGAACUGACUGCUGCAUUUCACAGUUCUUCCUCAGUGAUCCCUAGGCAAAGCUGGAACCUCUUCUGACUUAGAGGAAAUACCCUUCUAAGACCACCCAGCUUUUCUACACCCCUCCUUGCUUCACCCUCCCCCACCCCAAGCACAAGUGAGAGUUCUUGCUUGAUCUUCUUUUACUUUGAGGUGUAUAAACAGUUGAAAUACUGCUUGCAUUUAUUUCUUCAUGUAAAAGAUGCUUUACUUACAUGUACAGUUCAUCUAUUCUUUGGAGGUACCUCUCUGUGCCACAUUAAAGCUUCCUUGUGUACAGCUGCUAAAAUGUCUGUUAAAUAUUGUUUCAUGGCAGGUUGAAUUCUUUAUCCUUGCAUUCUUAUAAAUACGUGGCCUGUUCUGUCCACUCCUUGUAAACACGUUUCAAUAAAACUACGUUGUGCUCACCUGUAUUCAGC